AUGAUUGUCAAGGGAAUUCAUUGCGGUGUCCUGAAAAUUUCCAGUCAAGUUGGGAGUAGGCCAUUUGCAGCUACAGUCGCUGACGGCUGGACUCGGGAGGGAAGAAGUUCACAAUUAGGCUUACAUGUGGGGUGUGCAUUGGCUCCAACGAUACCCAGCAUCAUUGAAACGAAUACAAGAACAACAGUCGAGAUGCGCAUCGUGAUUCGUGGAGAAUCAAGAACAAAUAAUAAUGAUUUAGCACGGCGCGCAUUUAUUAUGGCUGAGAACUACACCGCGGACGAGUCACCUCACCUCACUGGCCAAGUCAUCCAUAUUUUCCGCGGCUAUGCUUGGUCAAAGGUGCAUAAUUUGGGCGAGGCCAGGCACGAGGAGGAAUGUACAUGGAUAAUAAAUAUGGUCGGGCCCAUGGCGAGCAAUCUGCGUGACAAUCUGCGACCUGAUAGUACCAUAGUUAUCAGAACGAAGCUUCGCACAAACUUCUCGUGCUCCCAGCCCCAGCCAGCAGAUAAGGCGUGGUAUACUACCCAUGGCCCUCCGGGCAUAACUCCUGCACAACGGGUGCCAUCUACUCAGGUGCAAGUAGAACGGGCCGACCCUGGCCUGACGAAAGCAUCUGUCUGGACAACAACCGUUGGCAUCAGAUGUUUUCCGGGAACUUCCGAAUGUUGGGAAUUUGCUGACCUGUUCAUUCGGGACGUCCAGGAUGUCCAGGGCAGGCGGACCCGGCUCGGACGGUCGGACAACCUGACCUUUCGAGAUUUCCGGUUUCUACCGCGGUUACUCCCGAACCACCGCUUUUUGAACGAGCGUCCACUCUUGGUUUUCGCUCAGCUUGUCUCUAUUCCUCAGAGUGAGCAGACUAUUGCGAAUCACCUGUCGGGUCUCCUCGGGCCUGUGCUCGCCGAUGCUGCCCGGUUGCUUCCCUCUGGUGGAAGGGGCCGGAAAAAGGCUGAUCAUGUUAAUGUUAUCGUAGGACACUUUGUUCAGGCUCGCACAGGAUUGAUGGCUUUGCCUUGCUUGGCCAUCGACGAAGCUCUCUCAGAUGUUGUCCUUCCUUCUGGCUGCGACCGCCGAUUGGUUCCUCUCCUGUCUGCACACUUCGCCCGCGUGUAUGGUGAUCAGGUCACUGAGGUGCUGCGGCGCCCCCCACCAGGCUGUUAUGCUUGUGACAACCUGGAUUGUUCGCGUGUUCCAUGGUCUGCCCUUUCCAUUGAGUCUCUCACCCGUCGGCUGUGCACUCUGUCUGUCGACGUGCUAUCGCAGUGCAUCUGCCGUCUGCCUUUCGAUGGUCGCCCUGUGUUAAACACCCGGUCACGUACUAAGAGCAGCAAUGGUCUGGCUUGCCACUCCGCUAGCGAGACGAUAGAAAACAGAGAAACUCCAAGUAUUCAAGUAUUCCCUAUAGCAGUUGAUACGUCCACAAUAAAACCUACGUUGCAAAGCUACUAUAACAGAAUUCAGGGCUACUUAAUCACGGCAUAUAUGGAUCUGGCAUUCUUGCUGUACAGGGCAUCUGGCGCCAUCUAUCCUCGAGAUGCGCAUCGUGAAGAAUCAGGAAGAACGAACAAUAAUGAUUUAGCACGGCACCCAUGUAUUAUGGCUGAGAACUACACCACGGACGAGUCACCUCACUUCACUGGCCAAGUCAUCCAUAUUGGCCGCAGCUAUGCUUGGUCAAAGGUGUAUAAUUUGGGCGAGGCCAGGCACGAGGAGGAAUCCCUUGAAGCGGAUGCUGGUGUUGCGAUGAUCAAUAUCCCUGACCGAUUCCGGUAA